AUGGAUACAAAUUUUUUAAUGAUUGAAGGUAUCCCUUUUCCUGGGAAGACAUACAAUAGAGAUGACAUUAUAUCUAUCAGAGAUGAAUUUGUGGUGAAGGAUGAAGAUACCAUUGUACUUUCUUACCCAAAGUCAGGAACCAAUUGGAUGAUCGAGAUAGUUGGUCUCAUCCAUUGCAAAGGAAAUCCUACAUGGACCCAUUCUGUUUUGAGCUGGGAACGCUCACCAUGGUUAGAAUCAAUUGGUGGAUACAGAUAUGUUAAAAAUAAUAGAAAUGAUGUACACUUCUAUACCUCCCACCUCCCCAUUCAACUCUUCCCCAAGUCGUUCUUCAAUUCCAAGGCCAAGGUUAUUUACCUAAUAAGAAAUCCAAGAGACGUUCUUACUUCUGGCUUUCAUUUCUUUAAAGCAGUACAAUAUAUAAAGUCUCCAGAGACAUUUGACCAAUAUUUUGAAUGUUUUCUUCAGGGAAAUGUUAUCUACGGAUCAUGGUUUGACCAUAUUCGUGACUGGCUCCAAAUGCAAGGUAAAGAAAAUUUCCUGGUAAUAUUCUAUGAGGAGCUGAAGCAGAACACAGCAUCUACUGUUGAGAAGAUUAGUCAAUUCCUAGGCAAGCAACUAGGACCUGAGGAACUGAACUCAGUUUUAAAGAAUAUGUCUUUUGAGGUCAUGAGCAGUAAUAAAAUGGCCAAUUUUUCCAUACUGCCAGAAGAUAUAUUGGAUCACAGCAAAGGACAAUUGAUGAGAAAAGGAGUCACUGGGGACUGGAAAUGUCAUUUCACGGUGGCACAGAAUGAAGCUUUUGAUAAGGUUUACCAGGAGAAGAUGGCAAACUUUCCUCCAGGAAGCUUCCCUUGGGAGAAAUGA